AGCAGCGGCGGCGACAGCAGGGUCGGAGGCAGCUCAGCCAGAGGAACCUACAAAGGUGCCCCGAGCUCCCUCCGCCUCGCCAAGCGAGCGGCGCGCGGCGCGGAGGACGGGGGGCUUGGCCCAGCUCGUCGGCGUUUCCUUCGCCGCCUGCGCUCAAGGAGGAAGGCAGAGCGAUGUCCCGGCUGUCUUUAACACGGUCUCCGGUUUCUCCUUUGGCUGCCCAAGGAAUCCCUCUCCCAGCUCAGCUCACCAAAUCCAACGCCCCCGUGCACAUUGAUGUAGGAGGACACAUGUACACCAGUAGCCUGGCCACCUUGACAAAGUACCCAGAUUCCAGAAUAAGCCGUCUCUUUAAUGGCACGGAACCUAUUGUGUUGGACAGUUUAAAACAACAUUAUUUCAUUGAUCGAGAUGGUGAAAUUUUCAGAUACAUCUUAAGCUUCUUAAGAACGUCGAAACUGCUGCUCCCAGAAGACUUUAAGGAUUUUAAUCUUUUAUACGAAGAGGCCAAGUACUACCAGCUGCAGCCGAUGAUCAAGGAGCUGGAGCGAUGGAAGCAGGAGAAGGAACAAAGGAAGCACUUCCAGCCCUGUGACUGCUUGGUUGUAAGGGUGACUCCGGAUCUCGGGGAAAGGAUUGCACUGAGCGGAGAGAAGGCAUUGAUCGAGGAGAUCUUCCCGGAGACAGGGGACGUCAUGUGCAACUCAGUCAACGCAGGCUGGAACCAAGACCCCACCCACGUCAUUAGGUUUCCUUUGAACGGAUACUGUCGGUUGAAUUCGGUGCAGGUGCUUGAACGGUUGUUCCAGAAGGGCUUCAACGUGGCGGCGUCCUGCGGAGGAGGUGUGGAUUCCUCUCAGUUCAGCGAAUAUGUACUAUGUCGUGAGGACAGGAGACUGCAGCCCAACACCACAAUCAGGAUAAAGCAAGAGCCCCUGGACUAAAGACACCCCCCUUCCCCCCUUCCUUUGUGAACGUAGAAGUGUUUUUAAUAGUCUCGUGUGGAAACACUAAGGAUUUGCAAGACAGUAUUAACCUGGGCAACGUUGCCCGAGUGGUAUCUCUCUGAAACUACCUGUCACCAUUGCCAGCCAUGAACUCUUUAUCUGGAAGCAAAAAGACAGCAUACAAAAUAAUAAUGAUAAUAAUAAUAAUAAUUUCAUUUGUUUUAUUAGUCAACUGCUGGGCGGCACACCCAGCAUCGUGAAGUUUUGUGGGAUUUGUCCUCUCGGCAGGAAAGCGUGCGGAAUGGAGACAAAGCUUCAGUGAAGAACUGGCCUUUGAUUGGACUUUGGUAGAAGGACCAAUUUAACGCAGUUCAAAUAUGCCCAUUGAAGGAGUGCACCAUCCAACUUUCUGGGGGACCUUCUCCUCCUCCCUUGGUGCGAUCAAGGACAUGGGAGCUGCCCAAAGGGAGACGGUAUCGUGCCAAGUGUCUUCCCCGCCCCCCUGCCCCCGAUGAAUGCCAUGUCCUAUUCUGUCUGACAGCCUUUUGCAUCUCCAUUUGUCCACCCCCCGUUAACCUUCUGUGAUUGCCUUUGCGCAUUGUAUCAAAUGGCUUAUUUUUCUACGACGCUUCCAGUUGUCUGUGUACAGAAGCCACCCCAAACAGGGACCGAUUUGUAUUCUUCUGGUGCUGAAUGAACUCUUUACAAAUUCUUUUCAGUCCCGCACAACCCAGCUUUGAGAUAAAUGCAGUGGUUUCACGUUUGCUGCCUUGUCUGCCCACAACUGACGAGAUUGAAUUGCAGCAAAGCAUUUGCAAAAAAAAAAAAAAAAUCGGAAAUGGAGACUCAAAGCAAGUUCCUAAAUAAGAUUGUUCAGCAUUAAACAGGCACUGCCAUGGAACUUGAGUUAAGGUUGUGGCGUUCUUUCAUUCAUCUCAGAUUUUAAGUUUGGGGGUCAUCCAGAAAGUGGAAAUGGGCCAUGCAGCUGCUACGACCUUUCUUUCCUCAUUUAAAACCCAUUGUUAUUGUUGCUUUGAGAAUAUAUAGGACACAAACAGAACACCUUUUCUGCCUGAUUGAAUCAGACCAUUGUCUCAUGAGCUCAUUUCUCUGUGUGAUGCAUUGCAGCCGUCUUCACCAAUCUGGUACCCUUCAGAUGCCAGCCCUCCAGCAUUGUUGAUGGGAGUUGUUACCCAAAGGAUGGGGAACCUAAUAACCUCCAAAUGUCAUUGGACUUCUUCAACUCCCAGCAUCCCUGAUGUUGGCUGUACUGGCUGGGGCUGAUGGGGUUGGAGUCCAAAAACAGUUGGCAAGGGAUCACAGCUUUUCUGUUCCUGCAUUAUAAUAAAUGUUUUAAAAACUAAUGUUAUUAAUGUUGUUUGGGACUCAAGGUUCAGAAGAUGUGAGCUUUCCAUCACUCAGCAGAAACUGCAUUUCAGCAUUGCAGAUAUCUGAUGACAGAAGCAUGACAAAUGAAUGUGCAAUCAACAUGUGGGUGAGGAAAGCAGAAUCACACCCAUUGGCCCCACCCCUGACUUCCACUCACUGAGGACUCCGUAUCCUGCAUAGGCUUAGUUUAAAAGACACCAGGCGGAUCCCACAGCUGUGAUCCUAUUGAUCGUAUCCUGAUUGCACAGGGCUCUAUAAUGGCGGGAAUGGUGUUGCACUGGCAGAUUAACUAAAAAA